AUGUCUCAUGGAAACCUUUUUGAAGACAUUGAACAAGACAACAAUCCUUCAUUCUAUGGGAAUCCUUCAAUUAUAAAUGACCCAUAUGGAGCCCCACCGAUAAACAAUAGACAUUCACCACCACACUCAGCCCCACAUGCAUCACACCAGAACACACAGAAACAAGGUAGUCCACCACUGGCUCCACCAUCACGUUCUCAGGUAUCUAGGUUCCAUGAAACUGCUAAUUCCGGGUUUCCUAAUGAGUUAGUUAAUAGUACAAUUGGCUUAUCAAAUAGAAUAUCAGAAUUGCUCAAUGAUGAUAAUUUGCAUAUUGAUAUAAUAAAUUCAGAGAAAUUGAUGAAUUCUUCAGUGAUUGUAUAUACAAUACAACUAUCUUCAGUUCUGCUUUCUAAUAAGAUUAUUGUUAAGAGGAGAUAUAGUGAAUUUAAAUCAUUACGAGAUAAUUUAUUAAAAUUGUAUCCGACUUUGAUUAUCCCACCAAUUCCAGAAAAACAUUCCAUAUUAAGUUAUUUAAUUAAUUCAAUAAACAAUUCAAACGAAAUUAAUAUUAUAGAAAUGAGAAAGAGAUAUUUUAAAUUAUUUCUAGAUGAUUUAAUCUUUGAUUCUCAUCCAAAGUUAAAGAAUUGUUUACUUUUACAUAAAUUUUUCGAUCCAAACUAUGAAUUAUGUUGGUAUAAUGCCUUGAAUGAACCUCCAGUCAAUUUAAUUCCAGAUAACCUAUUAUUAGCAAAUCCGGUGAAUCCUGCGGAUCAAAAUGGGUUGUAUUCAUUAUUACCAAUUGUUAAUGGGUUUGAUUUUAGUUCACAAUUUGAUAAUCUACCAAACUUGAAGAAAAUAAAUGAUGAUUUGUACAAAUUAAAUGAUCAGGUGAAAUUAUACGAAUUAAAGGGAUUUGAACAAGAUUUGCAGUUUGUUAUACCACAAGAGUUAAUCUCAUUUGAAGUUAAGUUUCAUCAACUUAUCAAGGGACUUAAUGAUUUGAAUAAGCUAAACCUGAAGACUACCAAAACUUAUAAGCAUUUAAUAUCAAUAUUAAUUGAUCUUGGUGGAAAUUUGAAUAAUUUCUCUUUGCAAGUAUAUCAUCAAAAUGACGAAAAUAAUACCCUUUCCGAAUCGAUUGAAAAGUUUGGAUCCACUAUAGAUCAAUCAUUUUUAACGUUUGAAAGCUUUAUCGCUAACCAUCUUAUUCCUGAAUGGCAGGAACCAAUAGAUCAAUUAAUUCAAUAUCAUCAUACAUCAUUGAACUUAAUUAAAUUUUAUAAAUACAAAAUAAUUCAAUUUAAGAUACUAUACAAAUUGAAAUUUAAUAAAUUCCAACAAUUAAUAAAUAUGUCCAAUAUUGGAGGAAGCAGGUCUACCACAGCAGUCAAUCCGGCUAGCUCAUCAUCAGAGGUUACUAAUCCAGAAGAAGAUAUACAACAAACGCUUGAUCAUUUGAAAGAAUUGAAUAGUCCAACCGUAAACAAUGCAUUAAAGAAUCUUUCUAUUAAGAAAAUGAAGAAGAAGCCAUCUUGGUAUGGAUUAUUUGGAGGCAAUAACCAACCGAAGAAAUUGAAUUUCCAAUUACCUGUAGAACAAGAAUCGAACGGAACUGGAACUUCUCCUGCAUCACCUUCGGCAGUAAACUAUCCAUUAAAAUUCAAAUUAAAUCACAUAGAAAAAGAAUUAAACAAAUUGAAUCAAUUGAUUGAAUUAUGUAAUAAUGAUAUGGCAGCAUUGACCAAAGCAUUGGUUAAUACAUUUGAAGAAUUUCUUGUAAAGCUUGAAAAGAAAUGGUUGGUAUUGAUGAUCAAUUAUAUAAAGAAUGGGAAGCAUUUAUUUGAAGAAAAUGUUCUUAAUUGGCAAGAGUUUAAAGAGUUCUUAACUGAUGGAAAUGAAGAAAUUAGUUAG